AUGUCCAACGACGUCCCCGUCGUCGGAGGGCACGGCGAGACGUCCCUGCCACGGCUGCUCUCCAGCCUCCGCGCCACGCUGCAUCCGGAGACAUACGUCUUCGCGACCAUCCCAGCCGAGGAGUUCCAGAUCAAUGACCUGCCCGUCCCACUCGACCAGAUCUGUCUUUUCUUCCGCGAACCGCGCCAGCAACAUGGUGAAGCAGGAGCAACUACGGGGAAGGUCCAAACCGACACCGUCACGCUGAUCGUGCGCCUCGAGACGGCCCGCGCCCACCCCCGCCGCCUCGCCGAGUACACGUACCCGUGCCGCAUGAUCACCUGCGCGGUGCACUCGUCGCUCGAGGCCGUGGGGUUCAUGGCCGUGCUGGCAGCGCGCCUGGCCCAGCGCGGCGUCAGCGUCAACCCCGUCAGCGCCUUUUAUCACGAUCACCUCUUUGUGCCGGUCGAGCGGGCCGACGAGGCCGUUGCGGUGUUGGCGGAGGUGAGGGAGGAGGCCGUGAGGGAGUUACAGGGGGAAGGGGGGAGGGGGAGCGGUAAUCAGGGGUUUUAG